AUGGCCUCGCUCUUCAGCGCCCAGCUCCAUCCAGGACGCGCACUUGGAUUCCUCGUUCUCGGCGCAUCCCUCCACGAUAUCCUGACCCGACUCAAGGCAGAACCACAGCGUUUCCCGAAACUCGACCUGGUUUACUCGCCAUCCGACCCCGUCAAGGAACCAGUCAUAGUCACACUUCCAGCGAAUGGAGUACGUCUACGAUUUGAUGGUCCUGAACAACGCCUUCGCCUGGUUGAAGUCGUCGACUUUACCAAGAAUCACAUCACCUUCAAAGACCAGAGCACAGAUCGCGACUUGGUAAAACCGCCCGCCGACCCUCCAUCUCAUCCACAUUCCAGUGAACCUGCCACCGAACCCACCUUCAAACACAUAUACCAAAGAUUCCUGGGGCCGACAUACGAUGGCGAGUUCAUCCCAGGGCCUGACGGACAAGGGAUCUACAUGUUGUCGUACCCCGGCGUGGCUUUCACAUUUCCUCUAGCACAGUCGGCCUACUCUCCGGACAAAGAUGUCGUGACACUACUAUCUUCUUCCACGCAAGUGGCUACGUCAAUGGCAGUCUUCAGUGGGGACUCCUGGGCUCAGUCUCGGGAGACGCUGUGGACCGAGGUGCUUCCAAGUAUCAAGUCGUUCGCACCACUUGCAAAGGGCAAGGAUGUGUGUCCAGAUGAGAUUUCGCUCGUCAAGAUCCAUGGAGGAGGGAAGUUGCAAUUGUUCAAGAAGUGGACCAGCAGCUCUACUUGGAUAUUCCUGGGCGACACGACUCCUCAGGAACUUGUUGCAGAAUUGGGUCCGCCUGAUGCAAUCUACCGGAAGAACGACCAGCGAAUGUAUAUACACAAGAUACGCACGGCCAGCAACAGUCGAACGCGGCCAGAUGGCGACGGUCUGCGGCGCCCGGGUGAUCUAACAGACACGGAUCAGUCUUCCGCAAACACCAUGUCUGAGGACUCAAACGACGACGAGGCAAUCGAGGAAGAAUUCGCUGGCAAUGUGUCUGGAGAGUGCUUCUACAACUACUUUUAUCUGGGUUUUGAUGUCCUCGUGUCCACACCGACGGCUCCCUCUCAGCCACCACCCUCCCAGGACAAAUCAGGACUUCCAGAGAGGACGAUCAAGUCAGAAUCACCAGAUCGCCUGGUGGCAACCAAGCUGAUCCUCCACGCUAAUGUGCCAGGAUCCUAUCCAUUCAACCGGCACCGGAGAUGCAGAUGGGAGAUAUCCUAUCUUGAUCAAGCAUCGCCGGAAGCACCAGUCAGCACUGAGACGCCCUUUGCCGACAUCUCGAAACAUCUGCGGCAAGAGUGGCAGUCCAUCUACUCCUCAGAAGCCGAGGCCACCCAGAAGCAGAGGGGCAUGGUUCUCAACCGCGGCUGGGGUGACAGCCCCGGGAGUAGCUGCGAGCUGCUUGGGGGCUGGGAGGACAGCGGUGACAGUACGAACACCGGAGUUGGUGCUAGGCGUGCUGAUGGCAGCGAGGACUCUACAACGACGUUGUACGGAUUCCCCGGUCUCGUAUUUGAGGUGCUCAAGAACGGUUAUGUGAGUGCCUUGACGGUCUUUUGA